GAAUCUCUCAGUCACUUCUACGAUACAACAGAUGAGAGAGAAGUGGAAGAAAAAGAGGUCUCGCAGGCUCAGACGCAAACGCAGAAAGAUGAGAGCCCGUUCCAGUAGUAAACGCCCUAUUGGUUGCCGAGCUUGCGAAAGCCAGGAUGUCUUAAAAUACAGGAACGAUGCAAUGUUCAUGCGCCGUACGACAUUGUCAUCUCCGCACUAUCGCUGGCCGGCUGCAAAGCCUCGUGCAGUUCUCCCAUGCCGUGGGGGUGCAUGUACUUCAACUGUUCCGUUGUUGAAGCUACCUUUAGGUCUCAAAGUAACAUGUACUUGAUAAAAAUGCACAACAAAUAUCGCUUCUUUCGUUCCAGUGUUCCACUAGCUGAGCCUUGGCGAUCAUUGUCCCUUGAGUUUUCUCCCUGUGUUACGUUAAUGGUCGUCGUAAAUAUAAGGUGAUUAUAGCACGUAGUACACUUGUUAGUGCAAAAUACAAUGUGUAUAUUCAGUU